AUGUUUCAUUAUCAUAUCUAUCAUGAAGAGAUAGUAAAUAAAUUAAAAAAGCUGCAUUACCCCGGAACAAUGUCAAUUUCAACAUUAAAAUCAGUAAAUACCAUGCACUGUUGGCCUCAAGUAAUUGGAAUGUGUGGAUGGCUUAUUGACAAAAUUGAAUUAAAAAUAACGGGAUUUAAUGAUUAUUCUAUUCUGCCCCCAGAAGAACUGCACAAGUAUUUAUUGCAAGAGUUAUCAAAUGCCUAUUUUUGUCAGCUAUGUAUCAUGUUUAAUGCUAAGGAUCCUCCUGAACAGUUAAAAGAAGCUGAACAAAAAUACAAAGAAGAUUUGAUGAAGAUUGUAUGUGUUGGUGCUAAGGAAUUUCAUAAGAAUAAGACUGAAUUUAAACAAUUAGAAGAUAAAAAAGCCAGACUAAAAACCUAUAAUGAUAAUGGAUUGCAAGAAUAUGAGGCGAUAAAAGCUAAAAGAAACAAACUAAGAAACGAUUUGGCAACUUUAGAGAGAACCGACGAGGAUGAAAUAGUUGGAUUAGAAACUGAAAGAGACCAUUUCAACUCGGUUUAUAAUAAACUUGCUAUAAAGAAAAACCAAUUGGAGUACUAA